UACCUUUUCUUAACUGAACUAGGGUUUAUUAGUUAUUAGAAGAAGAAGAAGAAUGUAAUGUAAAUGGGUUUCAUUUGAGCCCAGUGGGCAUAAGAAGCCCAAAUUAGGAAAGAAAAAAAGAAAAAAGAAAAAAAGAAAAAUAGAAGGGGAAGUUUCCCGCUCGGUACGAGGUUUCAAAAAAGAAAAAGAAAAAGAAACGAAACAGAACAGAGAUAAUAUAAUAGAUAGUUUGAACGGCCCACAAAUCGGUCACCAGAGAUCCUGUUAAAGAAACGUCUUCUCUCUAUAUACUAAAUAAUACGAUGUUGUUUCUGUUUUUGUUUUUGGGAGAAGAAUUAAACCCUAGCGUUACCAGUGUCUUUCGUUUUCUUAAUAGUAGUCAUGGAUUCUCCUGAACCUAAUAUAAAUCCUUCAAUCUCUGCCAUUUCUUCUUCUUCAUCAUCAUCAUCAUCAUCAUCAUCCUUUUCUCCUACUGUCCAAGAAUCACCCUUCUCUAUUUAUCUGCGAAAUCUCUCUCCAAUUAAGUCUGUCAAAGCAUCAAAAUACGCACAAAGGUUUUCACAAACAAACUACCAUGUUCCACCGCCGCCUGUGUUCACAUCACCCCGUAUGGAUAUGCAGCGAGAACCCACUUUCAUUAAAAGAGAGGAAACAGAUGCAGCAGGUUCAGAUGGUUAUAGACAAGGUGAUGUCCAUUUGAAUCAUGAGUUCAUCUAUUGCUUUCGAAAGGAAGAUCAAUCGGACAGUCCUGCAGGCUGCAUUGAUGACUAUUUAACUGAUCCUGUUGAUACGGAAGCAACUACAAACGGAUCUCGUCUGCCACACAAUAAUAAGCCCUUACACGAAUAUACCAUCAAAAAAGCUGAUGAUCAUCCCAACUCUAAUCUGUUCCUACACCCCUUUUCUGGAGCCCAGCAACUUGUACCUCAGGCUGCAGAUCGUGAAGAUAAUAAAGUGGGCGAUAGUUAUCGGUCAUCUCCUCAACCCUUGCAGAUUGUUGCGGCAUAUAAAGAUUCUCCCCAGAACUCGAGAUCCGUUCAGAAAGGAUUUGUUAAGGAGGCUGAUCAGCCACAACGCGGGAUACGCAGACAUCUUCAAUUUGGCGUCACAACGGGAUGCAAGGAUACAGGUAAUGAGACUAAUAAUGCUGCCAAUACAAGCUUACCUGAUUGCCUCGCAAGCAUUGAGAGUCUGGUUCCACAUCAUGCUGAACCAAAUGGGAUAUCAAGCCCUUGGCAGGCAGGCAAUCAUCCCCAGACUGUAACUUCUCUUUCUUCCUUCUGCCCUUCUCAAUCUGUUAGAUUAGCCCGAGAAUAUGGGCAUGAUAUACCAUCUUGCAUUCCAUCUCGUUUAGCUUUUCCUUUAAGUGGAACCACCAGAUCUAUGCCCAUGGCCGAUUUGACUGCAAGCAAGAAGUUGGCAGGUAAUUUGCACGAACAAGAGGAGAAGCAAGUAUCUGACAGAAACCAUGGUUCAGCACAGGACUUGUUGGAUAUUAUCCCGAUGACAUCCGUUGCUGGAGAAAUUUAUGCUCAUGUGGAUGAUAAUCAGCAAGAGAUUGAAGCUGUUGGAACAGUAGUUCCAUAUGAAGGGAGGACACUCACUUCAUCAAACACUAACAUGGUUGGAGAGUUAAACCAAGUGAGCUCCAAGCAAAACAGGAAAAGAGCAAAACCCAUUAAUGACAGUGAGGGCUGCAAACGUUGCAACUGUAAGAGGUCAAAAUGCUUGAAACUUUACUGCGAGUGCUUUGCUGCUGGAGUUUAUUGUCUGGAUAGUUGUGCAUGCGAAGACUGCUUUAACAGACCUGAAUAUGAGGACACAGUUCUUGAUACACGACAACAAAUUGAAGCCCGUAAUCCACUUGCUUUUGCUCCGAAGGUUGUUAAACAAGCUACAAACUCUCCAGCAAACGUGGUGGAAGAAGGAAACUGGACAACACCUUCAUCGGCCAGACACAAAAGAGGAUGCAAUUGCAAGAAAUCCAAGUGUCUUAAAAAAUAUUGUGAAUGUUAUCAGGCUGGAGUUGGAUGCUCUAGUGGAUGCCGAUGUGAAGGGUGUAAGAAUUCUUAUGGCAAAAAGGCAGUGUCAGUAUACAGAAGAGCUGAAAAAUCAGAGAAGUCAUCUCACGAGAUGCUGGAUGCUUCAGAGGCUCAAGAUGAAUUCAUCAGAACUGGGAGAGCUCAUCAGUUCACUUCUGUAUGGGACGAAUUUGCUGAUAUCACUCCAGUGUCGCGUCGUCACUCGGGAUUAAUUGCUACGUCAGGUUCACUUAACAUAGGGAACAGCUCAAAAGCUUCACAAGCUCAAGCGCAUCAAAGAAGCAGCAUGCUGUCAUCAGAUGGUUAUCUUCAUUCUCACCACUCACCCACCAGUCUUGCACCGAAAUUAUUAUAUGGCAGUGAGGCCAUGCCUGAGCUUAGUCCAGAUAGCCUUCUAUACAACAUGUUGAAAGAGGAUGAUACACCUGAGAUGCCCAUCAAAACUUGUACCCCAACAAAGAUGGUGAAAGCUGGUUCACCGAAUCAGAAACGAGUGUCCCCUCCACAAAUUCGAUCACAAGACUUGAGAUCAAGCAGUUCCAAGGGGUUGAGAAGUGGGCGUAAAUUCAAUUUGCCUGACAUGCCAUCUUUCCCUCCUCUAACUCCAUACAGCAAGUCGAAAGAUGGAGUCCAACAAAUUGAUGGUGAUUGAACAGAGUGCUAGCGGCACAUACCUAAAGUAGUGGACAUUUCAAGAACUUGGUGGCUAGCUCAGCCAUCAUACCCCAAGAAAACUAGGAAGCAUCAUUUCAGCAAUGGUGAUAAAUUUUGGCUUUUUUUUUUUUCCAUGUGAAUUUUUUGGCAGUUUAGUGGGAGGGCACAUGUAAUUAUGAGUUUAUAGUUUACAUUCGUCGUGGCCACUCUGGAAUUUUUUUUUUUUUUUUUUUGUUAUUAUUCUCCUUCAGUGGCUCUAGGGUGGUUCAUAAAUAAUAAUUCUCGCGUGUAUUUGUGUAUAAACGUAUUCAGAGUUGGCCGUUAUGGUUGGAUGCAGUACAUUGGUGCUCUGUCGCCCUUUUUCUUA